CUUGGGCACGCACUAUAAAAACCCACUAACAGUUUUCACAGAAGAAGCAACAAAACAAUGGCUUCGGAAGAAACCCAGAACAAAGCGACAACAGAGCAGUCGAGCAGCGAGCUUCUGGCGAGCGCGAAGCUGGUGGCGGACGCGGCGCAGUCGACGCUCCGGAACGAAAGCGACAAGGUGGACAAGGCGAAGGUGGCGGGGGCGGCGGGGGACCUGCUUGACGCGGCGGGGAAGUAUGGGAAACUGGACGAGCAGAAGGGCGUAGGACAGUACGUGGACAAAGCUGCCGAUUAUCUGCAUGGGUACAAGGACAAGGCUGCUGCACCUUCUCAAUCUGAAGAUUCCAAACCUCAAGAGGGUGGUGGUUUGGCCGGUGGUAUUGCAAAUUUGGCUGGAGGAUUUUUCAAGUAGUUCUGCUACAACAAAAAGGACUCACUUUCUUCUUCUUGUGGUUGUUCUUCUAUGAUGUAAUAAGACUCAAUAAAUAUGAUCUGGUCUGGUGUUUGUAGAAGAAAGACCUUUUCUUAGUUCCACAAACAUGCUAAUUACUACUUCUUCUCUUUCUGUGUA